AUGCAGCUCGGCAAAAAUAAUCUUUACCUCAGCAUGCGCUACGAUUUGAAUGUGCCAUGGCCAUCUCAAGCCGCCCAGCCGGUCAAAACGGCACAAAAGGCGCUGGUGCUUUUACACGAGCUGGGAUACACGGCUGUUGCGCUGAAUUUUAUUGUCGCUGGCAAGCUGAAGGGCGUUUCUUCACCCUUUACUGACGACGUUAUGCACGAGCUGCAACGAUCCGUACCCGGCGUACGCAUUUUAAAACGACUGACCCUGGUUUUAGACGAGCAGACCCAGAACCAGAGCUUUGCUAGCAUCGUUAGCCAGUUCGACAUCGUUGCUGUGCAGCCCCAGACAGAGAAAACCCUGCAAAGUGCAGCCACAGCCUUGGACAUCGAUUUGAUCUCCAUCGACAUGACUGCUCGCACACCAUUUUAUCUCCGCCACAAGCUUGCUUGUGCUGCGGUUAGCAGAGGUGUGCGUUUCGAAAUCUGCUACGGCUCGAGUCUCGAUGGCGAAGGCCGCAGGUACACUGUCUCAAACGCGAUUGCUAUCAUCAGAGCUACUCGAGGCCGAGGUAUUGUUUUGAGUUCGGGGGCCCACCAGCUGGCCAAUUUCAGGAGCCCCUUUGAUGCCAUCAAUCUGCUGACGGUUUGGGGUCUUAAAUCGAGUGCUGCUCGGGAUGCCAUUGGCGUCACCGCCCGCCAAGCGGCUGUAAACGGACUGCUUCGGGCCAAGAGCGCCAAACAGGCCGUUAUAGCCACUGUGGAGGAUGCAGAGAGCGGACGGCCGACCAAAGUGCUCAGGGUUGCCUGA